AUGGGCAAGUCUAUUCAAAAAUGCCCGGAAAUCACCAGAUACACCGAAUCGGCCAUGCCAACGUUCAGAGUUGGCUGGCAAGCCGCACCUUCGGAGGCUCGCUUCGCGAGGUGCAUGGCACGCUGGGGUCCCCCCAGCCCUCAGGAGCGAGGGGAUUAUGUGAAGCUGGGAACAACUCUUGGGGCGACGCUCUGCUUUGUGGCGUGA